GACAUCACUAUGCUAAACACCCACCAACAGUUGGUCAAGGCCACAUCAGUAAAACCAAGGCAGAACCUGCGGUCUCAGACUCCAGGGACAACCACAGGGCUACUCAAGCUUCUAUCCAGCCUCGCCCAGGCAGAGAAGAGGCCCCUGGGAAGUGGUGACCGUGUGCCAAGUCAAGACCAGCUAAAAAGAUCUCAGAGCACAGGGAAGACAGUAAAGAAGGACCGUAGGCCCCGAGAAAGGAACAAGAAGGGACAAGGUUCUGCUGAGGCUGAGGAUCUCUUCCCUUCUCCUGCUCGGAAACCCUCUUUCCCCUUCCAGUGGGCCUGGGAGAGCUUCAUCACAGAUGGCCAGGCUCUGCUUCAUUCAACCUCCCUUGAGGCCCCUGGCCACCAAGCCCUGUGGCCCUUGCCUUCAGCAGGCCCCCAGCUCAAGUCCAGGUGCAAAUCCACAGCCAACCUCCCAGAGACCUUUGGCUUCUGCCAGAAAUCAGAGGCGCAAAAGCAGGAGAGGAGACAGAAGCUGGGGACCGGUGGGUACAGCCUUCUCCUUCCUGGCAAAGCAGAGAACCAAGAGCUGGAGCCAUCCAGUGAGUAUGGCCUCUGGUCAUCAGGGAGGAGGUCAGAAUCAGGGUCAGGGUCAGGAUCAGGGUCUGAGGAGACUUUGGAGCUGGAAGGCUUGUGUGUUGAGGAGACCGAGAGGGUUCUGAGCCCCAAGGAACAGCCCCAGUUCCCCAGGAGUGACUUAAUCUUGGAAGAGGAACAGUUCUCAGAGGCGACAGAGGCUGAGGAAGGGGAGCAUAGCACGCCCUACAGAAGGAAGGACAGCUCUCAGAAGAAGGGGCAGAAUUCUGGAGAGGAGGCCUUGGAACAGGGGGAGCUUCAGGACGAGCGCCAGGGCAGCAGCUCGAGCUCCAACAACCUUCGAGGGCCGCAGAGGGGGAAAUCAAGGGCCAAGGAGAUGGAGGGGCCCUGGGACCUGGAAAAGCUGCACAGGCAGAUACAGCAAGAGUUGGACUGUGGCUCCUCAAAGCAGACCUGGAAGGCUUUGCGGGCCGCUGUCCAGGCCUCCAACAAAAGUGAAAAGGCCCAUACCUUGGGAGAUGAUGAAACUUUCCUGUCUGCCAACUUCCCCAAUCGAACCUUCCACAAACGACAGGAAGCCACCAGAAGCCUGCUGCAGUCCUGGGAGUGGCAGCAGCAGGAGGAGCGACAGCAGGCUGAGAUUCGCAGGGCCCGGGAGCAGCGGGUCCAGCAUCAGGUAGCUCGCUGCCUGGCGGCCUACACACCCCAAGGGAGCCGGGGCCCUGUGACAAGCCAGCGCAAGCUGGAGGAGCUGAGGCGCCAGGAACGACAACGAUUUGCUGAGUACCAGGCAGAGUUGCAGAGUAUCCGGCACCGGGUGAAGGCGCGGCCUUUCCUGUUCCAGCAGGCCAUGCAGACAAAUGCCCGGCUCACUGUGACCCGACGAUUCUCCCAGGUGUUGUCAGCACUGGGAGUAGAUGAGGAGCAGCUGCUGGCUGAAACAGGAAAGGGGCACACAGAGGGCACUUCCCAGAAGCCCAGGAGCCACCGACCAAUGGGGGUAAGAAUGAAGCCCUCUUCUCAGAGUCCCCCAAGGACAGAAUCCACCGGCAGCCAGCCUGGCAGGCCCUCCUCCCCCAGCCUGAAACCAGAGAAAUCCCCAAGAUAA